AGUGCUCGCCAGAGUGUUCAGAUAAACAUGAGGAUGCCACUAGCAUAGAAGCAAUCCAGCAAUUUAUGUGACUCAACUUUUAAAUUCUUCGAUUGUUUACCCCCAAGUAAAGGCCGAAUCUGUAUGGCCCCAACUGUUGCCAUGUCAGCUUUAUCCGGUGGCUUGAAAACAGAAGACAUUCCCUCACGUUCGGGUCUCGUUGGCACAGGAGAGAUGCAGACCAAUUUGAGCAGGGUGGCAGAGGAGAAAGGGAUAAAGCCCAAAGUAGCGAUUCUUCCCUUCAGCGUCGAGGCUCUGAUGGCCGACAGGAAACCGAGCAGAGACUUUUCAUCUCCAGAAAGAUCAUCCAUGUCGGGGUCAUCCCUGACGCUAGGCUCAAGGAUGGGCUCGCUUUCGAGACUGGAUAACUCGGCCCCCUCCCUGGCCAUCGGGUCGCUGUUCUCAGUAGGCGACAUGAACAUGCAAGAGGACGCAUUGGUUAAACGCGAGAGUCCAGAAAGUCAAGACCGAAAUUCUUGGAUACAGAGCCCUCGCUUUUCGCCUACUCCUCCACGAAGGCUAAGUCCCCCCUCCUGUCCACUGAGAAAGCACAAGACCAACAGAAAGCCCCGGACCCCUUUCACCACGUCCCAGCUCCUGGCUUUGGAGAGGAAGUUUCGACAGAAGCAGUACCUCUCCAUCGCCGAGCGCGCAGAGUUUUCCAGUUCGCUCAACCUGACGGAGACGCAGGUGAAAAUAUGGUUUCAGAACAGACGAGCCAAAUCUAAGAGGCUCCAGGAGGCAGAACUGGAAAAACUGAAAAUGGCAGCCAAGCCAAUGCUGCCUCCAGCGUUCGGGAUUUCCUUUCCUUUCGGUGCGCACGUCCCCUCGUCUUAUGGAGGGUCGCACCACUUUCAGAGGCACUCCCUACCAGUGUCUCCCAUGGGACUGUAUGCAGCUCAUGUCGGAUACAGCAUGUAUCACCUCGCCUGAAGGAAGGACCUAUUUUGUGCCAUUUAGACUAUGAAGUGCUUCAACAUAGAACCACAUCGCCAAAUUACUAUCUGGUGUUAAAUAUUUUGACUGGAUAGUCAUGAGUAAGGACUGCCUUGUAGUAGUGCUAUGUUUUCCUCGGUAUGUCAAGUAUAUACAUCUACUUUGCCAUUAGUUUGAUGCCACGGUUGAUUAUUGGGUCACUAAAACUCACUGGCUACCCGAGUCCACCCAAAAGUUAAAGUUAGACCAUCCCAACGUUCUACGCACCAGCAUGGGGUUUUUCACCAACACACAUAAGACCCAAAGGUAGGUUGGGCUUUCAUCACUAAUGUGGACUGUUGUCACUACAGACUAAGAUGCUAUACUUUUCAUGUGCAUCUUUGUCAAUGCAUAAAAUAGUGGCUUAUACUGAAUCCAAAGUCAAUGAACGCUCUUUGUUAAAUUAGAAGAACCACAGCAUUUUUUAUAUAUUAUAACAGCACUGUCUGUUGUUUGAAUGAUUCCCUUCAGAAGGGAUUUGUGUACUGUAAAAUACUGUAUAUUUGAAAAAUAUCCUCAUUUAUAUUGAAUAUAUUUGUGACAUAAAUUAACAAUAAAUUGUUUAUUCUUUUUCAUUGA